AUGGGCAUGUAAGAGGGUGCGGUUACAAAAAAGGUGUGGCUGGAAAGUUCACGUGGUGAUGGUGCAAGAGUGAAAAGGGACACAAAAUGAAGGUAGAAUUGUGUAAUUUUAGUGGGUACAAGAUCCAUCCUGGCCAUGGGAAGAGAUAUGUGAGGAUAGAUGGAAAGGUGUACAAUUUCAUUAGUGGAAAGUGCUCAAGGUCUCAUUUAAUGAAGCGUAAUCCUCGAGAGACCCCGUGGACAGUAUUAUACCGUCGGAAGCACAAGAAAGGCACUCAGGAGGAGGUCACUAAGAAGCGAACCCGUCGCAUGGUGAAACACUCUAGACCAAUCCAAGGUGCUACGCUACAAGAGAUCCUAAUGAAGAGGAACCAGAAGCCUGAAGUACGCAAGGCUCAGAGGGAACAGGCUAUAAGGGCAGCUAAGGCAAAGGUGGCUGAGAAGAAGGAGAAGCAAAGAGCACAGAAGGCUCAAUUGAGAGCACAGACUAAGCAACCACCUAAAGGAGGUAAAGCAAAGAUGCCAAAGCAAGGGAAAUCUGGUGGAGGUGGAGGAAGAUAAAAGAACUCUCUCUAUUUUCUCUUUCUCUGUUUAUUAUUAUUAUUACUAAAAAAUAAUGCAAGAUGGCAAAAGUAA